AUGACGCAGCUCAAGAAGAGGAGAAGGGCGAAUAAGCACGGUGCGGGGGCGAUUACUGUCGCUCGCUCACGGAAGGAGAAGAAGGAGAAGGCAUCUUCUGAGCCUAGCGAGACUACCUCGGCGAAGCAGCCGAUAUACCUGGUGGUGGAGCACGGGGACGAGGAGCCCACCCACUCCGUCAUCGAGAUCGCCGCGGGCGGCGCCUCACGCCGCCUGCGAUCCAGCAGAAGCGGAAUGUCCUUCACGGCGGUGGGGACGCCGUACGGUCCCCGAAUCGUGGGCCUCGGCCUGGAUCGAACCACCCUCUACGACCCUAAGUCCUCCACCGAGCACAGCCUCCCCCGCCUCGUCUACUCAAAGAUGCAUCCCGUCCUGAUCACGCACGGCUGCAAGCUCUACGCCCUAUCCCGCCGCCCCUCCGUCGUGCCGGGGCGGGACUUCAUGCCCUGGUUCCAUGUCCUCGACCUCAGCGACAUCGGGGAUGAUCUCGGGUGGCGUGGACUGCCGCCACCGCCCAUCUUCCCCUGUCGCAUCAACCCGCUGGAGUACCGCGACCGGAUCGAGGGUACAGGUACUUGCUCCUUCGACGUGGACGCCGAGCAAUGGGAGAUGGUCGACGGCAAGAACCUGCCUUUCAGCGGCCAGGCGGUUCCUCUCGGAGGUCACCGCUUCGUUGCCCCCUCCAAAGAGAAGGGAGGCGCAGCUGCAGUGUACUACAUUAAGGUCUUCCGGCCAGGAACUUCAGGCACGGGCAAAACAGAGCUAUCAAUUGUAGAGUUGCCGGUGAUAUCAAAUGGCAUUGUCCCGGGCCAGCUGCUGUGCUCCAUGGGGAAGGGUAGAUUCUCCUCUUUCAACAUUCGAUCCAUUGAUCCCGGUCCAGAUGCCAAGCUGGACAAAGCACAAAUUGUUCGUCGCACCUACUACGAGGUGGAGGUGGAGGGGGUUGUUUCUGGCAGCAAUUCGGUUGUCAUAGCAAAGCAGCAGAAGCAGAUUUUCAAUCUAGAAAACACAUUAAGUCAUUUGGCUUAUCCUUCGCCGGUGGUUGCUGCAUUAACCAUGGGAGUAGAGUGAUGACGAUCAAGUCGGUGGCAAGGCCAAGCUGUAUUUCUGGUGGGAGUUUCAGUUACGAAUCCUGUAGAUUUGAUGAAUAAAACAUGCAUGAUGAGAAUCUGGUUUUGCCAAGUAAAUUCGACCGGGCUGGAACUAGACAAUUUCUGCUGUUUGCUCUCUUGAUGACAGUGGCUCAAUGAGCUGCGUGGUGAACAAUGGAAUCAAGUUUGUUUCUCUUUCCAUGUAAGGGAUUAUACUUAAUCUCUUGAUUCCUAAUCAUAGUGGUCACAAAUAUGGGCUAAUAUGGACGGCA